AUGUGUUACCCUGAUGAUGAUGACUCCACGGCAUACUAUAACAAUGAUCACAUAAAUACAGACAAAACAAAACGAAUCUUGGACUGGAGCAACCUGCGGGCUGGUAGAGAAGCGCCUGCGACGUCAAUUAUGUCUCCCACACCAAAGCUAAAUUCUCCCGACGCAGCAGAAAUCAGAGAGGCCUUGAGGGUCAUAAUGGGGAACCGGAAUAUAGAAGAAUCAAUGACGGUGACCUCAACCACAACAUUUGAAGACACGUCAACUUCAACGCCAUGGUUCACCAUGCGGAACGCAUUGCCUACUUCCACAGCAUCCAUUGAUGCAUCCUCAGCUACCGUCGUAGAGACAACCAUAGAGACACCUGCUGCAGAUUUGCUGUCAUUAAAAGUAGCCACUGAAGACACCACAGCCGCUGAUGUGAAGGCUGUUUAUGACGACGAAGAAACGUCUGUUGACACUAUACUGGCGAAACGCGAUGACCAUAAUGUUAAUCAGAGUGCAGAAGCUGACAGACAACAUUUAAGACAAAGACCAAAAACCACGACGACCACUGUAACCACGACGACUAAGAGGAGAAAAAGAACAAGCACGUCCCCUUUUCCGCGAUUGGACAUACCGGCGCUAUUGGCCAUUAUAGCCAACCUCACAGUCGACUACAACUUGAAUCUUACCAUGAUGCUUAAUAGGUCACUGGACAAGUAUAACCUCCCGACAUGCCGUACCGGGCCCACCGUUUUGUCGACUACAGAAACACCUGUCCCGACCACAGAUGCCUACACCAACCUCACUGGUACAAUCAUGGGAAAGUGCUUCGUAUGUGGGCUGGUGGAACCCGAGAUGCCCCGUUCGGCGCCCUGCGCUGAUGCUUUUGCUGGAGACUUCCUUCCACUCGUGCCAGUAGACCCCACAGCUCGUGCCAACAUCGCCAAAUAUCGAAAGUAUUGCAGGUGGAUGAACAGCGCGCAGUAUGUGAUCAACGCUUCUGACCCACGGACCAUGUGGGGCAGGUGGACGGGGGGAUGUAGCGUGCGCUGGAUAGACCUCAACGGGAUCUACACUCAGCGGACAUGCCGCAACAGACAUAGAGCCGUGAUGGGCAGGCAUUUCGUCAGCCACAGAAUGGCCAAACUUGAGAUGGCUUUGCAGAACGUCGACAAUGGUUGUAUUAUUAGUCCGGUGGCGUCUCUUGUGCCCAUAUCGCGCGGAGUAUCUCUGUAUGCACGGUUCCACGUGUGCGUUUGUACAGGCAACUGGUGUAACCGCGCCCCUUCGUACCACCAAUGGACAACACACAUAGCUUUAUACACCAUAAUUAUGAGAGCUAUAUUCAUGUUUUAAAAGUUCACAGUCAAUUUCACAAAAACCCUUCUCCAUUACGUGCCUUUCGGGAUGGAAAAGCAGGAAAAAAAUACAUACACACAUACAUACAUA